AGUAAAAGAUGACUUUAUAAUAGAGCAAUUAAUCGUCAUCAAUAAGCAGUAAAGUGAGGAUGAAAUAUGUGCAAGGCUCGUACAAACACCAAGAAGUCAAGACAAGAGAGAAAGAGGUAAGAUUAUAUACUUGGUUUGUUCUUCAACUUAUAUUACCUGUACCAGGAGUUGGGUGAUGUUUGUAAUCGUCUCCUAGUGAAGUAUUCAGAGGGGCAAGUUUCUUCAAUCUGGCCAUCGGAUUGUUGGGUAGUUGUGUUGCCAUGUGAGAGGAAUUUCAUCAAUUUUCUUCAAUUUUGACUCGUGUUUGGACAGUGCAUAGCAGGUGUUCGACAAAAUGCUGCAGCCAACUGCAUCAAAGAAACAUGAGAAACAACGAUCCUUUUGGCUUGGUUGCAAUGUCCCAAAAAUAUGGCAGAAAUUCCUAACCAAGUCGCGAUUGAGGAUGGCAGAGAUAUGGCUACAUCUGAUGUAGACAAUGCAGCAACGAAGAUUGGGACGACUAUGGAGGUUUACAAGACAUAUAAAAUGGUGGAAGAAGCAAAGCCCUUGAGAGAGGAAGUCUGGUCUUGGUAUUUGUAUGAGCUUUGCACAUAUUUCAUCCACACUACUCUUAUGCCUGUUAUUUUUCCACUCAUCAUAAGUCAAAUAGUGCAUCAUCCACCAAAGCCUAGUCAUGGAUGGUGGAGGACCCGAUUGGGUCUUCCUUGCAGAGAAAAUCAGAUGCAACUGUAUGAAAAACUGACACUGAGGUCGAUAAAUGUGAGUACCUCAACAUUUUCACCAUUGGAGUGGACAUCAUAUUCCUGGUCAUUAGGCUUGAUCUUGUGUAGUCCUCUGCUUGAUUUUAUCUCCAACCAACUAGACCAUGGCAACAAACAACUAAUCAUUGCCGGAGCUGCAACAACCAUCGGAGCCUUUUUUUGUCUUCCUGUCGGAUUCUUGAAAGUCACAUGGAUCUUCCCACCAUAUAUCAUAGUCAUUGUCAUCGCAAACAUAAUCGCUGCAUCAUUCCACACGCACCACCUUGGCCUAAUUGUCCGUAACUUCACUGGACCAAAAAACCAAUUCACAGAUAGAAGAAAAAUCUCCAGUUGGCUUACAGUCUGCGCUACUGUUCUUGGAUGUCUAGGCUCUGUAUUGGUUUCAACAUUCACUUAUCACAAACUCCAAGAGUCAGAAAAAUUUCUAAGUCUCUGGGUUGUCUCAAUUUUUAGUGGCCUUAAAUGGCUUGCUGGGAUAUUCCACAUCUUCUUUAUAAGAAGACCUAGUGAAACAUUAACUACAACAUCUACUCUUCCUGAACAACAUUUUCUCUCCAUUUUUGCAUACCCUCGCGCCAUCAGAAGCCUAAUUGCAGUUUUCCUUUCUUCAUUCACAACAAUGUGUGUUUUCACUGGAGGGUUGCUUUAUUUACUAGGCCAAUUGUGCCUUAAACCAACCUUUUUACUCUUUUUUUGGCAAACUUAUUUUAUCUUCCCUAUGAUUGCUCUGCCAUUACUACGACAAUUGCAGCUUGUUGUUAAGGCUAACGCAGUGAAAAUGCAACUUCUUGGUUUCCUCUUAUCCACAAUGACUUCUGGGUUGGGAUUCUAUUACCAUGACUAUGUUUGGCAUAGACAAAAUGUUCUGCUUUUUGCAGCAACACAAGGCACCUCAGUUGGGCUCUUACACGGUUUUGGGCGGAUUUUGGUAUUAGAUUGUUCACCAUCUGGCAAAGAAGGUGCAUUUUCUACUUGGUAUUCUUGGGUGAGGGCAAUUGGAACUUGUACAGGAUUUGCAGUGGCAUCAUCAUUUCCUGGGAAUGCAAGCACUUAUUUUGGGAUCGCGUUUUGCGCGGCCACGAUUGGGAUGUCUCUGCUGGUUUUUGGUAAUGUUAGUGAGUUUGGUGGAGGAGUGAAAGCUGCACUAGUGAAUGAUAAUGAAGAUGGUGAAAAUGGUCCCUCUGUUCAUGAACAUAUGAGUGUGGAAGCUGCAGCAUAACUAAGAAGAAAUUCAUGCAGUAGUACUCUUGUUUUUGAAAGAACUUGUAAAUCCCAAAUAAAAACAGAAUUUGCUCAAAAUUUCUAG